AUAAUUUAUGAACAGUCAACUGAUUUCACUGUCACUUGAGAUAUUGUCAAGAUGGCACCUGAGAGCUACAUUGCUGUUCUACUUAUGAUUUCAGUGCCUGGAAAUGCUGAUCUCCUAACAAAAACUCUUUUAGAAAGAAUAGAGGCUUUAGAAAAAAGAGAUACUGAACAGAUUGCUAGAAUUGACCUCCUUGCGGAACAAGCUCUGGUCUCCACUGAAAAGUUGAAAUUCCUGUCUGCUUCCAAUGACAACCUCCAGAUACAAUUUUCUUAUCAAGCCAAGAAAAUGAAAGAGCAGGAGGACAUUAUAGCAGAACUAAGAAAAGACAUCAAACAUCACAGAACAGUGACUGAUAAAUAUAGGAGACAUGUUAAUAUCCUGGAGGCUAAAAUGAAACAGAUGGAUGUGGGUAUUGAAAGGAUACAUAACGUGUUUGCUGACAAAAGGGAAAACUAUCAAGACGAGUCAGAAGAAACUAAGGAUAGGAAAAUGAAAACCGAUGGACGGCCAGACAAAAUUAAAAGUAAUGGUGUAUCAGUUAUUGGACUGACUACAAACACCACCAAAGAAAAUGAUACAGGUAACCUAGAAAUGGAGAAAGAAGGUCUUGCUAAAAUUCACAACAAGGACACAGACUUAAAGACAGUGGCAAAUACGCUGAAUAAAGAAGCUACUGAUACACUGCAUGGAACAAAUAAUGGUCAACCAAGAUGGAAUGACAUAAAACAGCAUGCUGCACGAUCUCUAACAAACCCAGUUGCUUUUCAUGCAGUGCGUACACAACUAACACAACAACAUCCACAACUCAAUGAUGCAGUUAAGUUUGAAGAUGUUCUCCUUAACCAGGGAAAUGGUUAUUAUGGUGAACAUGGACUGUUCAUUGCUCCACAGCCAGGAUUAUACCUGUUUUCCACUUCAAUAACAUGUAACAGCUCACCUGGUCAUCUUCAUGUGCAGGCUUCUGUAGUGAAAAAUGGCAAUAGACUGGCCAGAGUAUACUGUCAUGGUGACGAAUAUUCAUCAGGUGACCAGGGUUCUGUAACAGUUGUUACACAGCUAUAUAGUGCAGAUACAAUCUGGGUUAGAUUUGACUGGCCAGAUGGUGGGUAUAUUUUGGGAAAUGGAUUUACUAGUUUCACUGGAAUUCAAAUCAUGUAACAUCACUGGCAAUCAAGAAAAGUU